UACUUCUACGAGUUCCUGUCUUUGCGCUCUUUGGAUAAAGGCAUAAUGGCAGAUCCAACUAUAAAUAUCCCUCUGCUUGGAACAGUUCCUCAUAAAGCAUCAGUCGUUCAGGUUGGAUUUCCUUGCCUUGGAAAACAAGAUGGGGUUGCUGCAUUUGAAGUGAAUGUGAUCAUAAUGAAUUCAGAAGGCAAUAUUAUUCUCCAGACCCCUCAGAAUGCCAUCUUCUUUAAAACCUGUCAGCAAGCGGAGUGUCCAGGAGGAUGCAGAAAUGGAGGGUUUUGCAACGAAAGACAUGUCUGUGAAUGUCCAGAUGGAUUUUACGGGCCUCACUGUGAGAAAGCGCUGUGUGCUCCUCGCUGCAUGAACGGUGGGCUCUGCAUUACACCCGGCCUCUGCAUCUGCCCCCCAGGGUUCUACGGCAUCAACUGCGACAAAGCAAACUGUACAACAACCUGUUUCAAUGGAGGAACGUGUUUCUACCUGGGAAAAUGCAUUUGUCCUUCGGGCUAUGAAGGAGACCAAUGUGAAAUUAGUAAAUGCCAUCAGCCCUGUCGAAAUGGAGGCAAAUGUACUGGUAAGAAUAAAUGCAAGUGCUCCAAAGGCUACCAGGGAGACCUGUGUUCAAAGCCUGUCUGCGAACCCGGCUGUGGCCUGUAUGGCACCUGUGCUGAGCCCAACAAGUGCCAGUGCAAAGAAGGCUGGCACGGGAGACACUGCAAUAAAAGGUAUGGAGCCAGCGGUCUGAGCGCCCUGAGGCCAGCAGGCAGCAAGCACAGGCAGCACACGCCUUUGCCAAAAAGGGCCGAGGAGAGGCACGUUCCACCUGAAUCCAAUUACAUCUGGUGAACUCCAACAUCUGAAAUGGUUCGUGUUACACAAAGUUCAUAGCCUUCAUUAACCUCUCAUGGAUUGAAUGUUAAAACGCUGUUCAUUACAGUUAAGAUUACCGGCUGGAAUUUUAUUAGUUUCAUUAUAAACCACUGAGCUGAUAUUUACUACUCCUUUUAAGUUUUAUAAAUACUUCUAUAGCAUGAUUAUAUAGGCUUCUUCUUUCAGUGCUUUGGAUGGUGUUUUGUACUAUAUUUCAAUUAUGUUUAAACUUCCUUUUUUGAUUCUAUAGCUGCAAAUAUUUUCCAAAAAUUAAGUAACAAUAUUCAAGCAGAAAACCUCAUAGAUGCUAACUUGAAUCAUUUCAAUGACUACAGAUUUAAUUUGCCUAAGACAAAGGAAAGAUGCAUUUUACAUUUUUGCUAUUGUGUAUUUAGACUUUUCCCUGAGAAAAAUUAAUAAAAUAAAUUGCCUAAUUUAAAAACUGAGUAACUCAAUUCAAUGUUAUUUUUGGCCUUACAGUUUUGCAAAGUACUGUGUAUUAAAAAUACACUGCCGUGGUGCCAUUUAACCAACGUAAUAUAUUGUAAACAAAGUAGAAGUAUAAUGUAUGAACUUUCUGCAUCGGCUUGAAGCAAUAUAAUAUAUUGUAAACAAAACAGCUCUUAUGUAAUAAACUUUUUAUACUGACGGUUAUGUAUAAAAUAAAGAUGCUGCUUUAGUUUUU